ACUAGUCAUCCUCAGGACAUGGGUUCCCAAAUUCUCUUGCGUUUUCUCUGUCGACUGUAGUCCGAAGGCUAUAAAUUUUACAUCUUUUUCCUCCAUUGCCUUUACCUCCAAUAAAGACGAUGUUAAAGGCAUGGAAAUGGUACCAGAGCUGUCUGUCCCUUCAUCCGGUCAAGACGCAGGUAGUUAGCUCGGGGUUUCUCUGGGGCAUUGGCGAUAUCGCUGCUCAAUAUAUCACACACUCCACCGUUAAAAAACGCCUUCAAUCUCCGGAUGCAGAUGGAGAAUUUAAAAUCAACUGGAAACGAGUAGCUACCACAAGUGUGUUUGGAUUUGGCUUCGUUGGACCAGUUGGCCACUUCUGUUCACAUCAUGACCUUGCAACAGCUUAGAAGCCACCUCAUGGCAAGGAUAUCUAUGUAUAAAUUCAGGAAACUUGCCGUAUUUCCUCAAAUAUUAAAAUCCCAAUCUGCAUGUUAUAAAUGCUCAAGCUGUUAUAGUAAAUGGUUUCUGAACCGUAGAAAUGUCAACUUGGAUUUAAAAGUUUGUUUUAGAUUGAUUUGCUCUGUCAAAAACAUUCAACACUGUUGCAUAUGGUAAAACAUUUUUUUCAAUAGUAUAUGGUAAAAUAUGUGUAAGCCUUGAUGAUAACUUGACAUUUUUAUGAACUGAUGCAAAGUCCAUCUUACAAAUGUUUGAUAUAUUACCGAAUCUAAAUAUGAGGGUUGCCUUUCAAAGUAGGAUAUUAAGCACGUAUGAGAAACCACGUAAAGAAAUUGGAUUAUUUCUUCUGAGCUUGAGAGCAGUUGAGAAUGUACUUAUUAAUUUAAAUUGGCCAUUUCUGUUGGGAGGAAAUGUUGCCACUGUCUUAUCGAGAUGCACAGUGUUAUAACCUGUGAAAUUAUCACAUAUAAGAGGAUUAUGUCUUGUACCCUGAGUACUGGCCCUUUCUCCUUGCAGGUAUGAAGGUUUGGACAGAUUCAUAAGGCUGAGGCUUUGUUACCAGCCCAAGUCAGUGAAGUUUGUUGCUACAAAAGUAGCAAUGGAUGGACUCAUCUUUGGCCCCUUUGAUUUGUUUGUGUUUUUCACUUACAUGGGGUUUUCCACUGGCAAGAGUGUUGCUCAAGUGAAGGAAGCUGUGAAGCGGGAUUUCAUCCCAGCCUUAGUCUUAGAAGGUGGUGUAUGGCCACUUGUGCAGGUUGUGAAUUUCCGGUAUGUUCCUGUGAGAUACCAACUCCUCUAUGUCAACAUUUUCUGCUUGUUAGACAGUGCGUUUUUGUCAUGGCUUGAACAACAGAAGGAUGCUCCAUGGAAGCAAUGGUUUAACAAUUUCACCUCAUUCAAGGAAGGAGGAGGUCAGAGUGGCUUAUGACACUUUCUCACUUCAAUUGUAAUUUCUUUCUUUUUUCCCCCUUUUUGCUCCUCUAUCAUAUUUCUGCAGUCUACAUCUGAAUAAUGUACUGUUGAAAGAAUUAAGAAACAACAUCCCAGAAAAAUGCCAACUGGGAUUUUAGAAGUUGGGAUUUGGGGAGAAAUUUAACUGUUACAUUAUCUUUAAUCAAUACUGGCUUCAAAUGAAAAGGAAUCACAGGA